AUGGAUCUGGAGUACAUCCGCGAGCAUGUACCCUUACCCAGCAGCAAGCAAUACCCCAAUGCGACUCGGAUGUUGUUCAAACCCCAUAGACUGGAGCAGGCCGUUGUGGGAGCCAUCCAGACACGCCUGAAGCGCACUAUCCCGCCUCAUCUCAAGCCUAGUGUCCAGUACAAGUCUUCUCAAGAUCUACCCACCGAAGUGGCGCAGCACAUGGCGGUCGGGUCAUGGGCCUGUGCAGUCAAGGUUGAUGUGCCUGACGUACUCGAAUGCGACGCCAUCGCUCUCGGAUCAAGCAAGAAGACUGCGAAACAGGCAGCUUGGGCGCUCAUCGUAGCUCGUCUCCAUUCCCAAGACGAUCUGCGACAUCUCUUCCCCGCGGAGGCAGCUAGGCUGGGAGACUCGGUCGUCAACUCGAAGACCGUCACAAAGGAGUCACCUCGCGACGAAGCGCCGAAGAACGAGGCGCAAGUUCUUGGCGCUACAAGCAAGACGAAGAUACCGAUUGAUGUGCGGUAUACUUCACAGUAUAUUGCCCAGCACAUGCCUCUACCGGUACGAAAGGAUUAUCCCAUUUUGAGCGAAGUGUUCGGGCUUUUCUCGCCACUGAAGCCAGAUGAUCCGACUGACGCCUCAAACGGAUGCAAAUUUCUAUGCCAAACUGAACGAUACUCCAUCGACUAUGAGCUGGGAGAAAGAUAUGAAGGAGAAACGAGGCUGAUGACUUGCGUGCUAAGACUUGCGAUAUCGCACCGAGAAAAGUAUGUCUCGUUCGGCGUCACUGGGUACGACAGCCAUGGCAAAGCUGGCAAGCGUGCGAAAACAGCUGCAUGGCUUAGCAUGUUCUCUCAGCUGCAUACAUCGGGAUUCUGUCGACGUCUGGAGGACCGUCUUGCAAUCGAGCUCUAUGCCACCAAAGACCUCGGGGCGCUGGCCACGGCAGACAGAAUCCUGCCUACCAGAAAACAGUAUCCCGAGGCACCAAAGAGCCUAUUCCGUCCAGAUGGUAUAGUGUCUACUAUUCAUGAGGUCUGUCAAAAGAUCGAUAUGCAUCUGGAGAUGCAGUAUCACAACACUCCUGUCAAAGGCGAUCUCAUGCACGGCAAGGGCCUCACACGGGUGACACUACAAGUCGAGUUGCCGCAUUUCUCAGCCGAGACGAACGUGUCAGCCAUCAGCACGAAGAUAGCCAAAAGAGGAGCAUGGGUUGAGAUGCUGUCGAAGCUUCACACUUCUGGUGCUCUUCGGCCUCUCUUCCCUGUAGAAGACCAAGAGGCACCGCUCUCAGACACAGAUCACAGCGCUGUGGUCAGCAAAGCUCCUUCUGUAAGGCAUGACAAGCAUUCAACGACCACGACUGACACGAUUUCGGAUGAGGAAGACAUGGAGAUGAUCGAGGUGAAGAAAGAGACACUUACGAAAGAGAAGGAUGCCAAAGUCGACAUCUACAACUUCGCCGCGAGCAUCGGAGCGACACCACUGUUCGAGUUCCAAGCAAUGCGCCUUGGCCGUCAGAAUCGCAAAAAGCACAAAGGCACCAACGCCGUCAGAGUGUCCAUUGACCUUUCAGAGCUCAGAAUACAGGCUUCAGCUCUAGGUAGAGACCUCCGCUCAGCGGAGACCGCUGCCUGUAUCAAGUUCAAACAGAAAGCAGAACAAUCCGAAGCGGCACAGGAGGCGACGAAGCGGCAGCCUGGUCCUCAUCGUGGGUUGCUGACCUCGGAGACCGCCACCCAGUUCUUCGACCUGUACCGCAGAUCCGGAAAGGGUGUCAGCAUUGCGGUCGAGCACGAGGACAUACACGUGGCUGGCGCAACACGUAAUCAAGCACGCAUCAUGGUUGGUGACCGUCCGUUCGGUAGGCCUGUGGUGAUGGCAACCAAGAAGGCCGCCGAAAAUCUUGCGUACCUAGUAGCAGCUGUUGAGCUUGUGAAGGAGCAGCCUGAUAUGCUUUCGGAGUUUGCUCACGCAAUGCGGGAAGGUAAAGGUAAGAUUCUUCGCGAUGUCCGACCUGUCACCGCAACCUUGGACUACAUGACUCUGAGCGACAUCCGGGAAUCACUCGUAGAGGCGAGACGUAUAGGCCUCCCAGAUGAGCGCUCGAGUCUACAUGCCGAGGAUGACCGUCGGUCCAGCAGAGCAAAUCGGCGCCCCGUCCCAAACGAUAGCGAGCAUGAAGUCAUCAGUCAGAGCCUGCUCAAAGCACAUGAACAUUACGAGAGCGACCCCGACGUUGAAGCGAUCAGACAAACCAAAGCCGACCUCCCUAUGAGCCAACAUAGCGCCCAAGUUUUGGACUUGUUAUCUGGAGGUGUUUACAGCAUCAUCAUUGGUGCCACAGGAAGCGGCAAAACGACACAAGUGCCCCAAAUUAUCUUGGAGAAUGCUAUAAGAAAGCAACGAGGAGGCCUUUGUAACAUCGUGUGUACGCAGCCAAGACGUCUGGCCGCUUCGUCCGUCGCACGUCGCGUGUCUGCAGAGCUUGGCGAGCAUCUUGGAAGCAAAGUUGGCUAUCAUGUGCGCGGCGAGGCAAGGCUCCCAAGCCCGGGUGGGAGCAUAACUUACUGCACGACCGGCAUCUUACUGCAACAGCUGAAGUUCGACGCAGAUGCAGUCAUGGACAGCACGUCGCAUCUCAUUAUUGAUGAGGUCCAUGAGAGAGACAUGUUCAUCGACUUCUUGCUUAUCAUCCUGAAGAAAGCAGUGAAAGCCAGACUUGCAGCGGGCAAAACUGUGCCACAGGUAGUCCUGAUGUCGGCUACGCUAGACCCCGAGCUUUUCACGAGAUAUCUAGCGGAGGACGAUAUCGAAUGCCCAGUCUUGAGCGUGCCUGGCAGGACUUUUCCAGUGGAGGAAACAUACCUUGACGAAAUCCUUCACAACCUGAGUCGACACGACGCGCGCGAGCUAGAGCAGCUGAUUAGUCUGGAUAAGGCAGUCUCAUCGGACUACGUUGCGAGCGAGCGUAGCUUCUCCGCUUCUGUCAAUGGCUCCACAGACGGCUCUCGAGGCAUCGACUGGAAGGGCAGACACGUGCAGGCCCUCAGCGACGAGGGCAGCACUGUGGUACGUGAACAGGAGGAGGCUUUGGUGCCACUGCCUCUUGUCGCCGCCACUAUCGCCCACAUCACCAAAACCACUUCUGACGGAGCCAUACUGGUGUUCUUGCCAGGUCUGCAAGAAAUCACCGGCGUUCAGGACAUUUUGACGUCACACAGACCUUUCGGCGUGGACUUCAGCGACACUGAGAAGUUCAAGAUUUGCUUGCUCCAUUCAGCGGUUCCAGCAGCUGAGCAAAGAGAGGUCCUUGAUCCGCCGCAGUCGGGAUGUCGGAAGAUCAUACUGUCGACCAAUAUCGCGGAAACUUCGGUGACAGUGCCUGAUGUCAAAUACGUGGUCGACACUGGUAAGCUACGGGAGAAACGUUAUGAUCAAUUAACGCGGAUCACGAAGCUUCAAUGCACGUGGGCCUCUAACUCGAAUGUACGACAACGAGCUGGCCGUGCUGGCCGUGUACAAGAAGGCUUUUAUUACGCAUUGUACUCCAAAGAACGCAGACAGAAGAUGACGCCUUCCGGGCUUCCAGAGAUUCUUCGUAGUGAUCUGCAAGAGACCUGCCUAUCGAUCAAAGCACAGGGAUUUGAGGAGCCAGUGGCCACUUUCCUCAGUCAGGCGAUUGAACCCCCUUCUGAUAAAGCGGUGAACAUUGCCGUCGAGAAUCUCCGAGCGAUAGAAGCGUUCACCUCCGAGCAGGAACUUACAGCACUUGGCAGAGUGCUCGCUACGCUCCCAGUGCACCCGUCACUUGGCAAAAUGGUCCUUCUUGGAAUCGUGUUUCGAUGCUUGGAUCCAAUGCUCGUCCUUGGUGCCAUGGGAUCCGAGAGACCUUUAUUCAUCAACCCUGUUUCGGGUCGUGACGUGGCGAAAGCCGCCCAGAAGCAAUUCGCGACGGAAGAAUCUGAUCAUCUUGCAUUCUACAAAGCAUUUGCGGACCUCAGGUCGGUUCGUGCUCGAAUUGGUGAGUAUUCCGCAUCCUAUCAUGCCGUGAAGAAUUCCAUCCACAUGGGGGCUUUCAAGAACAUCACGCAGGUCGCUCAGCAGAUCGAGCAGAUACUCGUGGAGCACGGUUUGAUACCAGAUGCCCGCACUGAAAGAGAUUCAUCAAUGCGCUACGGCGACGCCCGACUCAACGAAAACUCGACAAACUGGGCCCUGGUGAAGGCUCUGCUCGUUGCUGGAUCUCACCCGAACCUAGGCAUCAAGAAGCCGGGCAACAAAAGCACACUGUUCCGCACUCCUGCCGAGAACAACGUCCGCAUCCACCCUAGCUCCCACAACUACAAGAAGGCUUGGCCAGCAGAGGAGGACUUUUUAUACAUGUAUACAACUCUUGCGAAGAGUGCCAGCGGAGAUGCACUGUUCAUGCGCGACACCUCGCGUGUCACGCCAUUCAUGGUGCUGCUCUUUGGUGGCAGGCUAGAGACGGAUGACUGGAGGAAGCUAGUGAUGGACGACUGGUUGCGCUUCGACAUCCACGCUAGUCGCAAAGACUACGCCAUCAGACUCAUUCUAGAGUACCGCAAAGCGUUGGACCGCAUGUUGAAUGGUGCCUUCAAGAGUCUGUCUGAACUUGGGAAUGGCAAGUCGAUGGCUGACGAUGCUGUCGUCGAGCAUUUUGCGAGAGGUGUCGCGCGCCUCUUGGCAUCUGCGCCCGAGGGACAGCCGCGACAGGCGCAGCAGCAGAUCCCUUCGCACUGGAAGAAGCGACAGAGCCAACCUCUUGCGCAUGGACCGUAG